AUUUUAACACAACCCAUAUAAUCUAAAUUCUUGCCGGUCCAUAUUUUCUCAGUUAUUAAGGCUACUAUGAAUUAAGUUCGCCAUAUUAUUAUUAAUGCUUUUGCCUUUUCUUAUGUUCCGUGUUUGAUCAGCAAUGAAAGCUUGCUACAUGCUAACUGGGAUUAUCGAACAGGCAUGGCAUACGUGAUUAUUCCCUGGAUUUUCUUCAUUCAAAUCGUAGCUUUGGCGUCUAAAUCCCAAGCUAAAGUGUCUGCUAUUAUAGUCUUUGGAGAUUCAUCUGUAGAUUCAGGUAACAACAACUACAUCCCAACAAUUGCAAAGUCCAAUUUUGAGCCCUAUGGCCGUGAUUUUCCCGGAGGCACCCCCACCGGACGGUUCUGCAAUGGCCGACUUCCUCCUGACUUCAUAUCCGAGGGCUUUGGUCUGAAGCCUAUUAUCCCUGCCUACUUGGAUCCUACCUUGAACAUCUCAGACUUCGCCACUGGUGUUUGCUUUGCUUCUGCUGCAACUGGCUACGACAAUGCUACGGCUGAUGUAGUGAAAGUGAUUCCUCUGUGGAAGGAAGUGGAGUUCUACAAGGAGUACCAAAAGAAGUUACGAGCCUAUCUUGGUGAUAGGGAGGCGAACGGGAUAAUCUCAGAGGCCUUAUAUUUGAUAAGCGUAGGAACCAAUGAUUUCAUCGAAAACUAUUAUGCCCUUCCCCAAAGAAAGUCCCAAUUCACUGUUCAACAAUAUGAGGAUUUCCUCAUUGCCAUUGCUGAAAAUUUCGUCAGGCAGAUUUACAGUCUAGGAGCUCGAAAGUUGUCCCUAACAGGACUUCCUCCAAUUGGGUGUUUGCCGGUGCAGAGAACCACAAACCUUGAGGACCCUCUUAACUGCGUGGAGGAACGCAAUAGAGUUUCCUUGGAAUUCAAUGGCAAGUUAAAAGCUUCGGUGGCAAAGCUGAACAAAGAUCUCCCAGGGCUGAAUGUAUUCUUUGCAGAUGUUUAUGAUUUGCUAUUGCAGCUUAUCACAAAACCUUCCCAGUACGGAUUUGAGGUUGCAGCAAAGGGAUGUUGUGGCACAGGGCUGUUUGAGACGAGUAUACUGUGCAAUCGGCAUAAUCCACUCACUUGUCCAGAUGCAAAUAAGUAUGUAUUUUGGGACUCCGUUCACCCCUCAGAGAGAACAAAUAAGAUCAUCUCAGAUCACUUUCUUCCUGCCCUCAAACAACUGUUUCUAUGAUUUCUCAAACAAAUGGAGUAUCUAUUUUUAUCAGUUUCCAACAGAGAAUCGAUCGGAUGACAGGAGAUCGAGUCUACAUAUCCUACUUGGGAGAAACGAUGAAGAAUUUCCGUUGAACAAAAUUGAAAUGCCACGAGGCUUUUAGGCAGCUAGAGAACAUUAUAUUUAUACAUUUUCUCUGAAAGAUAGUAGUUCAUUGGAUGGGCGUUGUAUAGCAAUAAAUUUGGGGUAAAUUGUAUCUGAAGAAAUGUGGGGUAAAUUUCUUCACUAUCCAUAAUUAUCAUAUAUUUGAUUAACUGUCAGCAUCGAUGAAUUGAUAUCAAAGGCUUAAUUUAAAUCAGAGGUUGUACCUCCCAUAUGUAGCAUAAAAAAGCACGCAGGUUUGGUAUA